AAAACAAAAAAAAAAAACAUGGUGAAGAACUAACUAAUUUCACAAAAGAGGCCGUUUGACUGACAGUGCAAAUGACCAGCCAUGUUUAUCUGCCACUAACCAGUUUAAACGAAACUCUCAGAAGACGGGAUGUCAUGGACUCUUUACGCUUUUUAUGAUUUUGAAUCGAUCCAAACACGUAUCAGGGUCACAGCAAGGUCAAAUAUCUGAAAUAGUUUUUCUUCCAUAGCUUUCUUCCUGCUGAGGCGUUCAAAUUAGCAAGAAGAAGGACUAGACUUGUCGGCAAGCGGAUGCAUCUCCGUCAGCGCCGUUGGCAUGGAGUUCUACUCGUUUCAAUCCAGUGAUGUGUAUCUUGUUCUGAAAGAAGCUCAUUGUGUUGCAGCAUUUGUACCAGCGCACAUAAGUAUGUAUCAACAGACAUGUGGAGAGCCAAUCAGAUUCCAGCCUUGAAGAUUCUGAAGCUUGUGGCCAGAAAAGUGUACACAAAACUACAUAUUGUGUGAUGCUCUGUCCAGAAAUCAGGAACAAGCUCUAGUUCUAGAUCUUCUUCUAGGGUACUGUUAGAUCCAGGUGGUACAUCCUGUUCCGGCUUCCUGCCUUGUAGUACUUUGUGCAGUGGAAAAACUUCCCGAGAGAACAGGACUGCCUUUCUGUUUACACUGCUGUUUAGAAUGAAGUGCUUUCCACCAGCAUUGUGUCAUUCGAUCCUGUGGAUGAACAAACACGACUGAGUGCGAGAGGAUGAGAUCACGGGCGUUGCAGAACGACAUCUUCGCACGGAAGGUUUUACAGCGCUAACGAUUAUAGUACGUAAUACGUUUACAAAGCCGUUUUCUCGAAAUAGUGCUCACUUUAGGUGCAGAAUUACAAAGCGCCGGAAAAAAACGCCUGAAUACGCAAAACAAAAGCCAUGUUUCACAUAUAUAAUGCAUAUAAUCCCGCAUCCACGAACAAGGGGAACAGGUCCUGCCACACCGGCGUAUAUAAUGGCGUGCUUUCUAAACAAAGGGGCCGAGAAAGUUAGAUAAGAGUAAUCCGAGACACUUGUCGGCACAGGGAAGUUUCUCAGGGAAUUUUUCCAAGCCGAGGGCGACGGUAGCUCUCUGAGAUCAGUGCGAGAGCAGAACGUUUAGAGGCUGGUGUUCGGAAACAGUGCUGAAGCAGGAGAGGAGCAGGUGUAAGGAGACGAGAGAGAGAGAGAGAGAGAGAAGCAGGAGGUCGGAGUCAGACAGACGACACAUCCGCUUCAGACUUCCCAUUGGAGCCAGCUAAUCAUAUAACCAAUGGCAACAGUCCAGGCCCUGCCUUUGACCCAAGAUCCCAGCAAGAGCAUCAGUGCCAUUUAUCCAGCAUCCUCUCUGGCAUCUGCUGACUGCGUUAUGGGUAGUGUGGGCAGUCUGAUCGAGAAGCACGACGUGUCGCCCACCAAAGUCAACAAAGCCGUUCCUCAGGUCCCACAGCAGCAGAGCAAGAAGGGCUUCAGCCAGAGAGAGCUGCUGAACUACCUGAACAUCACGAAGAAGGAGCCGAAAGCAGGCAAACACAUCGUCUUCGGCAGCUCAUCCAACAAGAGGGAGCAUUCCAGAGAGGAGGAGAACCUCUACACCAAGGUUUAUCAUAAAGACGGCAAAGAGGUGGACUUGGGCAAGAACUCUCUCCCGAUAGGCGGCAAGUUUGACAAGCCUCGUUUGAGGUCGUCUGCCUUUAAGCCGGUGACGCCAAAGAGCUUUAGCUCCAUGCAGAACCUUUACCCAUCCAAAUCCGAGGAAUUGAUGAAUGGCAAGCACUCGCUCUACUCCAAGAUGACGUCCAAAUCUCUAUCCACGUCUUCCUCGUCCUCGUCUCCUUCACGAGUGGGUACCAGCGCCAACAAGGGUGUCCUGGCGGUACCCCAUGAAGAGGAGACGGCCUCAGACUCCGGCCACAACUCUAUGAGCAGCCUGCCACCGUACCGCCCUCCGUUCCGCCCCCAGCUCGGGCAGAUCAGUGCCUCGACGGGUCAUAUCGAGCACAUCGGCUCCCUCGAGCGGACCUCCGCAGGCACGGUAGGCAUCAGUGCUCUUAGUAUGGCCCCCGAGUCCUAUGAGCUCUCACAAUCUUUGGAGGACGUGGUGAAGGACCUGGAGGAGCGACUACAGGAGAAAGAGCACGAACUGUGGCAGAUGAGGAGGAACCUGGAUGAAAGCGAGGAUGCCAUUGCACAGGUGUUUGAAGGGAAGCAGCGGCUUUGGGAGAAGGAGGUGUCCGAGCUGAAGCAGCUCUACACCACUAAGCUGCGCCAGGUAUCCCAGCAUUCUCAGCGCUCCCAGCGUGCCCUGCAGCUGCAGCUCUACAAGGCUCAGCACGAGCGCAGCCGAGUACAAGACGAACUGAACACGUUGCGUCGCAAAUACCAGAGCCUGCAGAAACAGGGUGGAGCUGGGCGGAGCCACGAGCUCCAACCACAGCUUGAGGAGUCCCAAUGGGAGGUGUGUCAGAAGGCAGGUGAGAUCUCCCUGCUGAAACAGCAGCUCAAAGACUCCCAGGCCGAAGUGACUCAGAAGCUCAGCGAGAUCUUCCUGCUGAAGACGCAGCUGCGCGAGACGCGCCAGGAGCUGUGCACCAAAGAUGGUCAGCUGGACAUGCUGCAACUGGCACUGCAGGCCGCACGCCGCAAGUGUGCCCUGGGGAAGUCGGUGCAGAACCUGUCCUCCCACCAGGCGACUCCGGGCGAGGACGGCGGGACGAACAGCUCCACAGAGGAGCGUCUCCGUGCCGAGCUGCUGCUGGAGCGACGUCAGAGCGAAGCUCAAGCCUCGGCCUUCGACACCGAACGCAGCACGUGGCAGCUGGAGAAGGAGAAGGUCCUUCGCUAUCAGAGAGAGCUGCAGGCCAGCUACCUGGAGAUGUUUCACAAAAACGAGAGCCUGGAGAGAGAACUGCAGAAGCUCAGAGGAGGCAGAGCUGGAGCUGUGGUGGGCGGGGCUCCAGCAGAGCCCUCAGGUCUUCCCUGGAUUGAAAGGAUCGAGUCUUCUGAAAUCUGAAUGUGUAUACAUGCAGUAUGUGUGUCUAUAUUAUAUGUGUAUAUGUGAAUAUCAGAAUAAAUGUACAAAACCAAAAGACACUAAAUGAGUGACACGAUAAAGCAAUGCUUUUCUUGAUUUUUCUUAAAAUGUUAUAUAUGUAUGAACGUAAAUGAAUUCAUUUUAGGAUUUGUGAAACAAAAUACGAAGGAUGUUUCCACAAUGUCGCGUGUUCCAGAUGUUUUGGGGAUUUUGUUUUAACGUCCUCACAUAAGACUUAAAGCUUGUAUUCCAUUUACGCAGUGUUUUAUCAGAUACGUGUUUUUACCGUAUUUUCCAGACUAUAAAGAACUACGCGAGCGGGGUUCGUUUUUGCCAGAGCAGGUUUGAUGAUGUACAUGUUGUGAUUUGAAAGUGAUUCGACUUGACAGAUCAGCUGGAAUAAAAUAAGUGUAGUGUAACUUCCCCCAAAUUAUCUCCAAUAUCCCGGAUUAUUACGUCAGCUGACACACAAUAAAAACACCAUCAUGACUAAGCAUCACUCUCUCUAUUACU